UGAAUCCUAACGGAUUUAUUUGAGUUUGCAUUUGGAUUCUAUAAAUAACCCAAGCGACGCCGAAUUUUCCGUUAUCUUGAAGACCCAAGCGUUGGGGAGGGGACGGACCAACCCCGGGGUAGCUAGGGUUAAAUGCAAACCUAGGAUGGAGCGAAAUCCAGGGAAAAGAGGCAGUUGAUCAUCAGCUCCCUUAAACUGAGGUUCCCUUGAAGAUUCCCCAUCACCCUGAAACUGUUUCAAUUCACAAUAUCUGAUUAGUAUAGUAUCAAUCGUAUAUUUUUUGUAUCUUUGUAAAUAAUAAAGUAUAAGAAAAACCGACUCGACGAAUAUUUUAUUUACAAGUGUUUGCAUUGAGUAUUUUUCUUUCAUAUACAAUACUACACGCCUAAAAUUAGGCUCAUUUAAUUGGAAAUUGUACAUUAAUAUUAAAAAUGGUUGUAAUCUUGAAAAUCUGAUUUCAAACAAGUCUGCAUAGACCCUUAUGUGUAAACAAAGAUUAUCUUUUAUUUACCAACUUUUCUUACUCCAGUGAGUGGGCUCAUCCAAUCAGAAACGGUACAUAGAUUUUAAAAAAGGUCUCAAUCUUGAAAAUCCUAUUACAAAUGAGUCUACAGACCCUUAUUCCUCAUUUUUAAACUUUUAUAGUAUAUUAGACUAACUCAUAUUUUAUAUAUUUCUUAAUUUCUUACUGUUUUUAUAGAAAUACUGAUGAACUUGAGAUGAAGACCUGCAGUAUAAAAGAGGACAACAGAACCUUAGAUAAUUUCAUAACUAUUUCUAAGCAAUUUAAAGCAGAUGUCAACUCCUGUCUCCUUCCCUGCAGUGUUACCUUGAUAGGCCUUGAACUGUUUUCAUAUAAGGAUCUGGCGGAUUUACCAUACUCAACUCCUUCUCUAAACUUGACAGUUCUGAUGCCUAAUAUGAUAAGAGUAACUAAAGCUGAGUAUAUCUACACUAUCUGGGAGUUUAUCUCUGAGUUCUGUGGAUGGUUUGGAAUAUUGUUUGGUUUCUGUGUAGUGGACCUGGCAGAUGCUAUCAUAUCUACCAUUGUAAACUUAAAUAGUUUACUUUAUCAGAAUAUAAUAUAAGCCUUUGAAUUAUAUUUGCAUUUGCAUUUGAAUUUUGA